UGUGCCAUAGACUGAGUCGUAAAUUUAUUUUUGGGUUAUGCUUGAAAUGUUGAAUAUUUUAAUAGUGAAACUUGUAUCUCAAAAUCCAUUUUGACUAUUUUGAGUUUGACAAGUGUAAAUCGUGAGCCAUUGCAGUUGUGUUGCAUUCACUUUGUUUGCUUUGUUUUGAAGUAGUGCUCAACAAGUUUGAACUGUGCUGUGAUUUUUAUACUAUAAAAUAAUAAAUGAAUAAUUAAACCUGCGUUGAAAUGUGGAUUAGUUUGUGACUAAGGGAAUGAGUAGUGAGCCGGUAAAAUGGACAUGUACAAAAGGCAGCUGCUGCAAAAGUACCAGCAGGACAUCAUCGAUGAUCUAGAUGUGGCAUACAUCUAUGAUGAAUUGUUCGCGAAGCAUGUUAUUUCAGCUGAAGAGUACAAUCUCAUCCGCAGUAUUUCGGCUCGCAUCGAACAAACUCGACUACUACUAGAGUUGUUGAUUCGCAAUGGUACCAACGAGUCAUAUCAAGCCUUUGUAGACAGCCUGAAAAAGGACUACAGUUGGCUUUGGGAGAAAUUUGAUAUGAAGAACAAUAAUCCGAUGCCUGAUGAUUUUGAGGACAGCCUCAGCAGGGGCGAUGUGCCUAGACUACCGGAUCACCAUGUGAGAAGAACGAAAGUGGAACAACAUGUAGCGGAAUGUUUGAGAGGGCUGCAACGCCACAAAGUCCUUGCACUGCACGGUAUGUCAGGAUCAGGGAAGACGUGUGUGGUUGUCAGCACUCUACGGGACAACCGCGAUUUAGUCACCACUAACUUCAAUGGCGCUGUAUUCUGGUUGAGUUUCGGCAACUGUAAGACUGAUGAUGACAUCAUUUUCCAACAAAGCAAGUUACUAAGAAAAACAUCGUCGAUGUACACGCAGAAUUCAUACAUGAACUCGUCUGUUUCUAUGUCAAGCAUUGGAUCCAAUGGCGACAGUCAAUCGUCUUCUAUCGACUGGACAAUGGACGAGCUUAGAGACAAACUUAAAGUCCAGUUCUAUGAACAACCUCUAAAAGAAUGUCUCCUUGUCUUAGACGAGGUUAAUGACAAAAAGUGUUUGGAAGCGUUCGACAUUGGAUGCAAAAUUUUGGUCACGACUAGAGACACCAGUGUGGUCGCUUCUUAUUCUGCACAGAUUAUCAAAAUAGAAAACAGUUUAGAAGAAAGGGAAUCGUUGGAAAUCUUCGCUCUAUCGCUUGAAGUGCCUGUGUCUAAGUUACCGUGGCAAGCGAAGAAAAUCCAUGAGCUUUGUAAAGGCAGCCCUUUUAACAUUGGAUUAAUUGGAGCACAACUAGCAGAAAACAGGGAAAGACUGCUCGACGACCCAAAACGAUGGAAUUACUACGUCAAGGAAUUGAAAAAGGAGAAUCAUUUUUCAUUCAUCCCCAUAAAACAAAAGUACGAUCCGAUGAAAACAAUCGAAGUUUGCAUCAACUCGUUAAACCAGAAUGUGUUACCCCUGUUCAAAAAACUAAAAAUUCUACCGAAAAACGUUAAAAUUUCUACCAAAGUCUUGAGCAAAUUGUGGAACAAGGAGAUUUCACAAGUGGAAUCUAUUAUGAAAGAGUUGCGGAGUAAAUCUCUUAUCAUCGAGGUUUAUGAUCGAGAACAGAGGAACUACAUGUAUGAGAUCCAUGAUCUUAUCAUGAAGUACUUGACAAGUACUGGGGAAGAUGACAAUAAGAAGUUACACGAAGAGUUCCUAAGUAGAUAUCAUUAUAACACUGAAAACCCACCGCUAGAAAUCAUUGAUGAUGGCUACAUUGCCUUCUACAUCGGUUACCAUAUCAAACAUACUGAUAAUUACAAGGACAUGUGGACAUUGUUCAACAAAUUGUUCCUGAAUUUAAAGUUUUUGGGCAACAAAGUCAGGUUAACCGGACCAGCCGAUGUGAUCUCCGACCUAAAGAACUAUGAGAAUUAUAUUUUGAGAUAUGAGCUAGACCAGGAACUGAUUAACAACACCAAAGCUUUCCUCAGCACACAUGGGAAUGACCUAUUUCAUUACCCUUGCACUGACAUUAUCCAAAGUAUCCUACAAAACGAGUCUAAAGGCAUACUAUACUCGAAAGCAUCGCAAAUUGCCCAAGAUAAUUGCAAUAAUAAUGAGCUGUAUUUUGAUUUUCUGCAUGAACAAAACGUGGAUGAAAUCAAGCACUCAACUAUUGAUGUCAAAGAAAAGAUCACAGCUGUGUGCUUUCUAAGGGAUUACGUACUUGUCGGUACCAACUCCGGUAUGAUUAAGUUCUUCAACAUCGUAACAAACAAGCAGGGUAAAGAGCUCCGUGGCACAGGUUCGCCAAUCAAAUGGAUCGGUGUGUCUCUGACAAAGAACCCGCCAAUGGUAGCCGCGCUAGCGUACGAUGGCGUCAUCAAGCUGUGGUACGUCGACGACUUAGAAUAUGAAGAGAAUGAGGAUGUUAUCGAAGAAGAACCAGAAGAAUGCUACAACAAUACGUUCGCAGACGUACAAAUCCAGGGUUCAUACCUCAACUGCAGAUGGUCGAACAAUGAAGAAUAUCUAAUCAUGCACACGAGCAAAAAGAUCGAAUUCUACGACCCUUCUAGAAGCGAGAGGAACAAAAUCUUCAGGACAAUUAUGGAUUUUGAUAGAGACAGAGAAAUUCUUUGUUGUAUCCCCUGUAAUUAUGAUAAGAAUGUCAUCGUUGCUACCGAUGGGCCCGUGAAAAGGGUAGAAGUGAUCGAUUUGAAGACCAAGGAACGAAUCAACACUUUCGAAGAGACUGAUAUUGUUCUUGAUAUGGUCACUGUUCCUCGUAGCAACAAAAUCAUAACGCUAAAACCGAACGAGAUUAUGGAGCAUGAGAUGAGUCGGCCCCACGCAGGCGCAAUAAAGAACACGUGUUGUUGCCGCCGCGUUAUUACAAGUAGUGACAUUAAAGACAACUUGUAUUUCAUUGCAAUGGCUGUCAAUAAAACCGGUACACUGCUCUGUGUCGCCACUGAUGAUAGUCGGGUCGUCUGUAUCGAUCUCAAAACUUAUACCAAGUGUUUCGAUCUGGAGAAUCGGCGAGGAAACGUAGUAGCAAUGGCAAUGAGCGAAAUGAUGUAUGAUGAAUUCGAGCCAGGCUCUGACGUACUUCUAACGGGCACUGGGUCCAUUGAAGACUCAGCUAAAGUAUGGUACUUGGACGCUUCUUAUAUCUCACGAAUGAAUGGGAGAGUACGUCUAACAACGAAAUUCGACGUGAGUUUCCUCCACCCACUCUCGCCUCAAACACCGAACUCACCAUCCCCAAAUAAUAACUCGGAAAGUGUACACACGACGCCAAAAAGACAUCAAUCAUUUAACCUUAGAGAAGCCCAACCUAAAAUGGUACUUAAAAACUCCAUGAGUUUAGAUAGAAGCGCUCUAAAACCAUUGAAUUUGAAAGGAAUCUGCAAUAACAACGACGGUGUGCUCCAACCUUUACUAGCUGUUGUUGAUGAUCAGAAUAAUAUUCAGGUAAUGCGCGGCAGAAAAGUCCUAACAGAAAUCACAGAGCGAUCCGAUAAAUCAGAGAGUAUUACAAGAGUGAAAAUCUCACCGUGCAAUCAGUAUAUCAUUUACGGACUAAAAUCCGGUAUUGUGAAGAAAUACACACUACGGACUAAGGAAACUGUACCAAUAAUGGAUGUUUAUAGCCCAGUGCAGUAUUUAAACUUCGUUGAUCCGAAUUUACUAAUUGUGGCUGGUAAGAACACGUGCCUUAUGGCCUAUAAACUAACGGCUAAUGGAGAUUGGAAACCUGAAAUGAUGCGACGAGGCAACAAUAGUCUUGGUUCGCAAGAAAUACUUAAUGAUAUUCAGGGUAUUCCUAAGAAAAAUGGUUAUUCAGAAAAACUGUCCAGUUCAAGCAGUGAAACAAGCUUAAGUUCCCAAGGCAGGAUCUUCCGAAGUGAAGAGUACAAAAACCUUUGUAAGGGCAGUUGUCUAGUCGAAUGUUUCUCAGUACCAGACCUGGGCAUCAUCACAGUGGAGUCUAACGCUACCAUCAAAUUGUGGAGCAAGAAUUUAAAUGUAGAAACAAUACUGAUCGGAAGACAGCCUGAUGUCUAUAUUACUUCGGCCGCUUUGCAAAAUAAUGUUCUUGUUAUUUGUGAUAAGAAGAAUAGUACAUUUCAGACAUUUGAACUCAAAAUUGAUGAUGGAGUGAAACUACAGAUUAUUGAAGACUACAGACUGAACAAUGUGAUUGUGUCUUGCGAUCUCACUUCGGACGGGAACAUUCUAGCACUCGGACUCGACUCUGGGAAUGUUGUGGUAUGGAACGUCCGAGCUCGACGUCAACUAUGCCUACUAAAGCACCACAAGUCCAAAGUCCACUCGUGCUCGUUCUCGCCCGUCCCUGAACGUGCAAACCGCAACUCGAUGACGUCAUCACCGCAUCUGACACCGUAUCACUUGUCGACGUCACAAGAUGAUGACGUAGACACUGAACAGCCGCCAUUGGUACUGGUUACCAUGGCAACGGAGAUUGUUUGGUGGAAUAUCACGCACGUUAUGAAGACGCAGAAAUUUAAGCUUGGGAAGAGGAACUACAAUGUGAUGACGCCACUAGGCAGUCCGUUAGAGAGGAGUUGUGAGACGCCCAAUACGAGUCUAGAUAACUCCACCUCAUUCGCUUCGCCCAACUCUCCUAAGCGCAACUUCUUCUUCGGAGACGGAGACUUUCUACCGCAGCAGUGCUGGAAAGCUCUUUGGAAAGGAAAAACGUGUAAACAAGGAUCAAAAAGGAAAGAAAUCCUAGCGUGCAUCAAACUAUCAGGUAUGCACGCAAAGCGGCUAAGUCAUGACGAAAAGUUCUCAUGUUUCGUCACAGUGGACAAUCCUGGACACAUCCAUAUCAUGAAUGUUAUGCGCUCGAACCAUAAAUAGCGUACAAUUUAUACGUAACUCUAAUAUUACGUGAAGCAAUGUUCAUUACUUAUUCCCUUCAACAGACCAGAUCAUACAGCUGCUUCGGUUUGUCAAAUAAUUUUUGACUUUAUUACUAAAACAAUAAAGUUGACUGCCGUCGUUGAUCGAGUAAACGCAACGAUCUCUUUGCUUGGCAAAUUCUCAAUAAGUAGUCUUUAGUAUGGGAAUGGACUUACACCCUACACUGGAAUAUUACCAACUCGGGGUAUGGUGUAAGUAAAUAUAUUAAAAUCUUAAUGCGUUUAUAAUACGGUUGAAAAUCGUUUGACAGAUUGGACUAAGCUGACCUGGGUCUGUUAUUCAACUUUUAAAUUCUACCUCUAUAUUUUGUCUCAAUCUUAAAGUAUAUUAUGAAAAUGUGUGCUAUUAUGAUCUUUAAAAAUGCGUAGGUCUUAUGAAGUUAGGGCUCAAAUUAUGAAUAUUAAUUUAAUCUUCUUUUUACUGUAGUAUAUGAAUAGCAACCAUAUGAGUUUAAGCAUAACGAUUACUUUUGCAUAACAAAUAAUACAUUAAAAACGAUCUGCUCAAUGAAAUAUCUUAGAACUAAAUACACUGCCUUUCAAUGCAUUUAUUUUUAAAUAGUAUAAACUAAUUCUUACUAAACUUUUUGUUGUGGCUAUGUUUAGUUUAGAGUUUGGUGCUCAAUAUUGCAGGUUGUCAAAUAAACUUAAAAUGCAAGUACUUAUACGUAAAUAAAGAUCAAAUUUAUUGGAUUCCUCUCGAAAUAUCUUUGGGUCUAAAGUAGUACAGCUAGUAUAUUUAUAAACGAAAAUAUGUAUAGUAUUUUAAUGAUAGGUACAUUUGUUCCUUAUAAUAGGUGCAAUGCAAAAUGAACUUUAAACCCGUUGUACGUAGAAACGUAUAUCUAUAUGAGACACAAUGUGUUUUCUAUUAUGUCUCGUAUACCGACAGCCAAAAGGUUAAUUUUAGAGUAAAUAAAUUUACGUAAAUAAAUAUAAUAUGUAUUAUUCUAUACAACAAUUAAUACUCUGUAUCAAAUAAUCCAUGCAGCAUUUUGAGAUUAUAAUCAAUACAAUAUAUUUUUAAGUAAUCACUCAAUAUAAUGCAUUUGGUAAUGAGUUGUGAUUCCUAUAAUAGUAAAUCUAAUGCCAAUUAAUAAUGAGCCUAAAUGACAAGUUAUUUAGGAUUAUUCUCCCUUUAUUUCUCAAAACUAGUCCAGUGCAUUUUGUAUAGAAUUCUUUCAAAUGAACAUUGCUUCAUGUUAGUCGUUAAUCAUGAACAAACUGUUAUUCUAGUACAUUAGUACAUUUAUUAGAUUAUAAGAUUUAUUGUAAUCUUAAUCCCACCAGUACUUUUGGUAUGAUUUAUUCGUAUUGGACGAAUCUCCUCAUUAGUUGAAAUUAUUAAUUGAAAUUAUUUUAAUACUUAAUACCAACUCGACGAUGUAGAACCAAAAUUAUUUUAGUAAAUUAAAAUCAUUUUUUAUUUUUCUUAUGAAUUAAAGAAAACGGGGACUCUUAUGUAUUUUAUGUCCCGUCAGUAUUCGAAAAUUGUUUGCAAUAAUUUUGUUUAUGAUAACGAAGAAAGUACUGACUAAAAUUAGUGAAAUUAAAUUAAUUCGCAGUGAGAAUCAUAUUUAACGCGUAAUGUGCCAUUUUUCGGCUUUAUGAAGCAAUAAUUUAACCAGUAAAGGAGAUUGGGAGCCGGAGGACGAAAUAGGUAAUAUUGUGCUAGUACAUAAUAUUGUUAAAUGUAUUUGGAAUCUAUUUUAAUGCCCAUAUAGAUACCAAACUAUGAUAAGAUUUCCGAGAGAGUAGAACAGUUACAUCAGCUAUUUUGUUCCACUUCUCAGCGAAGUCAAAUUAUUCUCAAUAUUUUAAUUGUAAUUAUGUUUAAAUAAGUCCAUGAUAGAUCUCUUGUUAAACAUAAAUAUAUUUUUAAUUAUGAACUAAAUAAUGUAAUGGUGCUUAAAUGUUAACACGUAGUUGAUACGUUUAUUUACCGACAACUAUAAAUACGUAUAGAUAUGAUGUACUUCAACUUUGUCGAACUUUAAAUUGUAACCAGUUUUAGGUGAUAAGAAAUUAUGAACAAAGAGUAUGUUAACUGGAGACGGCAUUCGUGUUUUGCAACUUUACAACCACGCACAAUUUCCCUAUGUUAUUAAUGCAUGCCUUAUCCAGUUUAAAUACUCUAGAUUAAUGAACAAUUGAUUAUGAUUUUUUUUAUGAAUUAGUUAAUGGUGAUAAAUACAAUGCAUCCUUUUGGGUGCCACUGAUAGGAAAAUUAUGUAUGUCGUAAUUUUAUACUGAAACACAUUCUUUUACAAAGAAUACUUUCAAUUCGACUCCAGCCUUAGAUGCAGUGGUUAGUUUCUUUGUGAACAAUAGAAAAUUAUAGUUUUAUUUUUGCACCACUGCAUAGGAAGGUUGAACAAAAAUUUGCCGCCCAAAUUGUGUUUGUAUAUGUAUGUAGAGUUCCGUAGGACCGUAGUCAAUGUAUACGUAAAAGCCAAACGUCGAAUCAAAAGUCCGCCUAGUAUUUUUAUUAGAAUACAAAGGUACUUUUUCUUUUAUAAAUAAGUCAAUUUUAUUCUGCUCAAAAGUGAUCUCUUGACCAUUUCUUUUGAAUCUAAUGUCCAUAAUAAUAAACCCAUUGGAACUUCGGAACUUUACCAUUAUAAUGCUCAACUCGUAUUUUAUAAAUGGUAUGCUAUUUUUAAUGUAAUAUUAUCAAUCAAUCUCAGCAUAAUUUUUGAUGAAUGACAAUGCAAUGUUUAAAAAAUCUUAUGUUAUUCACUACAGACAUGUUUUCACCUGUUAUGCCGUUGUUAGUUACCGUAAAUUCCAGUUUUGCUAUGUAUUUCUCGAUAAAUAAACUGCGGGAACUAACGCUUCUAUGCUGGUUCCUCGAGAAACGGCAUAAUGGACGAAUUCCUCAACAUCGAAAUUAUAUUUUAUCGUAGUGAUUGGUUUGUAUAAGGAGAAUAUUUUUAAAUAUAUUUUUUGAUAAUACGUUAUUUUAUUUUUAAUACAUAUAUGAAAAAUG